AUGUGGCGCGAAGAAUUUGCAAUUCGGCCAGUCCCAUCCAACCCGAUCGGCCUGCAGGAGCAACAUGGUUACGACGGCCGCGACUCUUCCUCUCCACUGGCACCACAGCGUCGAAUGGGACGGGAACCGCAUGACUUCUCUGGCUUCGCUCCCGUGUCGCCACAGGCGCAGUAUGACCGUUUAGCCAAUCCGCCACCACAUGCGCCCAGUGCACCACAUUACCUCGAUGCCGGAACACUAGGCCUGCAGCCAUCUUACGGCAUUCAGGACGCUGCAUUGUAUGGUUCUGUCGGCGAAAAUGCGACUACACCAGCCGCAAACUGGACGACAAAAGCGCUGUCGACAAUCAAUUGGCUCCAGGCGGAUAUGACCAGCUUCAGUGAUGAUGACCUCAACAAUCUGUUCGGCUUCUUGUCAGGCGAUUUCUCAUUUUCACCGAGCAUUGACCUCGUGAGUCCCGCACAGCAGCAUGAUGUGGAAAUCCCGGCAAAUGAUCUGCUCUCGAAUAUCGUUGCUCAGCAAAACCCGCCCCAAGUGGUAGACAGAGUAAACUUUCAGCAGACUUCGCCUAACCCCGACUCUUCCGACGUAGUCGACAAGUCGACCGUGGAAAGUGGCGAGUAUUACGUUGACGGAGAUGCUGGAAGGCUCCCGAGAUCGAAGCGUCGGAAAAUCGGGUCAAGGCCCAGGUUUCUGGAGCAUGUUGAAGACCUUGAAUUCUCACUGGAAUACCGCUUUCCGAUCACACCGUGUCCAGAUUCUCGGUUGACGCUCUCCGAUGGAGUCCAUGACAUGCUAUGUACCCUGCACCGUCAACUGUGCCUGGAGACGACUCUUUUCAAGCCGUUUUUGCCAUCUGAGUUCCCUACGAGACCGGCCUUGGAGGGCCUGCUCUUUAACUAUUUUUCACAAUUUGAUCCGACAAUGCCAUUUCUCCAUUUUCCAACGUUCAAAGUCGAAUCCGGCCCCUGUGUGCUCCUGCUGGCCAUGAUGGCUCUCGGCAGUUGUUUCGUCGACAGCGACGAGACGGAGAUAUUCACGCUAUCAAUGCACGAACUUGUCAGGAGAUACCUGAUUGUCAGAAAUGAACGGAAGGAUUGGUCUCCAGAAAACCCGCAAACCCUGGCCCAAGUACAUCUGUUGCACGCCGUCGGUGCUGGCUACACGCAGGUGGAGGGUCUUCAUGCGUCUGCGUCGUCCUCACUUUAUCAGGCAACCAAGUUUUGCCGCGACAGUUGGGCUCCGCAAGAGCCUGCCAACGAUCCUGGUCGACGCCAUCACAAUGCCUUUCCGGAGUGGAUAGCUUGGGUCAAGAACGAGGAAGUGAUCCGGACAGGGUUCUGCAUUUGGCUGCUGGACUGCAUGUGGGCGUUUCAGUUUCAACAGCCACCACAUUUGAGCCUCGACCAUGCCACGGCUGUGCAGCUCCCUUGCCCUGAAAGCGCGUGGUCUGCCAAGGACGUACCCAGUUGGAAUCAACUGGCAGCCUCCGGAAUUACCGGCACGCCGACCCUGCUUGAGGCGUUACGGAACCUUUACAUCGACAAGCGGCACCUCCCAAAUCUGGGAGAGUUUAGUCGCAUACUACUGAUCCAUGGCUUAAUCCACCGAACGAGGGAGGUCGAAGCGACGGUCACUCAGAGCCUUUCAAAGUUGGAGCCUUCGGCACAGAAGCAAGCAAGUCAUGACAUUGAGCCGAGAAGCCCAGUCUGGCCACCUUCGGUGCCGCUGUUCAAUAGGUGGAGGAAUUCUGCCUGUGACUGCCUGGAUAUAUUGCACUGGAGGGCCAAUGAAACGAUUGGAGCGGCCUGUGGAAUGGAACACCCGACGGUGCUCCAUCUGCACUUGGCACGAGUCAUACUCCUUGCUCCUAUGCGCGAUAUCAUCCUGUUUUCCCACCACCUUAUCCGCUCCAGCAAAGAUGCGAUCCGCUUGUUCCCAUGCGUGUCAUCGGCAGAAGCCGAAGAACAUUGCCGUCUGAUUCAGAGGUGGGCCUUGCAGGAUCAGUACAAGGCUCGUCUGGCGGCCAUCCACGCCGGCGUUCUCUUCUGGCAUGUCCGGCUGUACUCCGUCAACGGAUUCUACGAACCCACGGCGGUAGCAUUCGCGGCCCUGCUGCUAUGGGCCCUCGGCGCAUUCUCUACCAAAAAACCCGUCCAGUCUGGGAAACCUGGUCCGCGAGCUCGCUCGGGCGGAACGUCUUUCCCCUCCGAGCCCUCCUCGCCUUCUCCUGACGUCUGUGACAUCAUCUUGAUCGAUCGACCCACGGAUGACGAGCUCGUGCAACAAUUCGUGCGGCAGGGCGAUUACAUGCACGCGAAUCUCACCGGGGUCGGCGACUUAUUUGGGCCCAAGGGGCCUCGGAAAGUGCUCGCAGAAGGCCAAAAAUUGCUGAGCACGUUGAGAGGUUGGCGGGGGCUGACCGGGUACUGGAUCGGAGUUCUCAGUCGACUGGAAAAGGCGACUGCGAAGUUUGGCGUGGAUUCUAAUCCUGCAGGAGCAGAGGUGACAGCUCCGGCAGUAUAA